UUUGACAAUUGAAUUAAAUGGUUGGAACCUUGGCCUUCGCGGCCGGUCCGUCGAUGACUAGCGCCGUGAACACCUACGCAACCCGGUCGGCCUAAGAAAGCACGGCCGGCCAGUCUUUGCACGAAUAUCCGUAGACCGGCGCGGAAGCAAGCGAGACAAGGGUCCCCGCCAAAAACAACAGCGCCGAGCCUGUGCACUGACGACUCUGCAAUACAACACCAUCCUGCUAGAUGCCCAUGAGAUCGACUCUGCGGGAACUUGGGAAGAGGACUCCGCUCGCGCUACCAUGUAGACCGACCCAAGCCAGCGGGUAAGGCAGGCCCAAAAUGGCAGCCUCCAACUAUGUCACCAGGCAGUACGCCUCUGAAGCUUUUGUCGAGAGCUGCGGCGCAAUCCCCUUCGACUUGUCCAAAGACCCGGCAAGGGUCUGCCUGCUCCAUUACCUAUCCACAGACGAAUGGCUCCUGGCCAAGGGUAGACGCAAUUACGGCGAGUCGAGGCACGAGGCAGCCUUGCGGGAGGUACAUGAGGAGACGGGCUUCCGCUGCCGACUUCUGCCUGUUGAUAUGGCCACGCGGGCGCCAGCACCGGAUGACGAUGCGAAUGCCCCAGAUCAAGCAGCCGCGCGUCGAGGACUCACGGAGCCGUUUAUGCUGACGAUGCGAGACGUUGAUGGAGGGUCUGGAGUGAAACUCAUCUGGUGGUAUGUUGCAACUCUCGAGGAGGGAACUGCGGUAGAGGCGGCGGGUGGGGAGGCUCAGUUUAGUGCGAGCUUCUUUAGUCUUGAUGAAGCUGUUCAGAGACUGACCUUUGAGGACGACCGAAACGUUCUGAGGAAGGCCACCCAAAUCGUCAAACAAACAGCUCUUGGGCCAUAUGCAGCCAGGUUCGGUCAAUAAGCAGCAUCUCCUACCUUGCUCAUGCCCCCCGCCUGAAGAUGCAUUUCUCAAUUGGGCAUGGCCUUUACAAUACGCGCAGCAGCGCAGGUAAUGUCGGGGCAAUAUCCACCCUUUCUUCAAUGGCGCUAUCCCUCAAGGUGGGGG